AUGGAACUAAGAGCCCAAGGAUUGAAUGGAAGCAACAAUACUGGGACAGUAUUUGGAGUUAUCACACUCAAGCCAGAGUCUCUCAGGGGCUACCAAAUUUGUACUCAGUUGAGCUAUGAGGAACCAGAUCUUCAGUCCAAGACUCAAUGUCCUGUUUCAGGAAGUCCAUCUAUUGCCCCAGCUUCAGGAACUGUUGCAGUUGGAGAUAUUAUUGAGACUUAUAAUGAUACUGUGGAUUUUGACAAGCUCCUGAAUGGCUGGUUGUGGUAUACCAGCAAGAUAUCACACACUGGUGGUGCCAGGGAUCACUGUGGUGGUGCUGCUGCUGGUUUCACAUUUCGAGAUGUGGUAUGCAGUCAGUAUCUAACUCUUGAUCCUGGCAAGUGUGCUAUCACUGAACUUCAUUGUCAGGGCCCUGAAAUUGUGAGUGUAUGUGCCUGUCCUGUCUUAGAAGUCACCAUGCAAAAUUUUUCUCAAGAAGCAAAAGAUGUCAUUGCUCAACAUCACCAGAUAAUAAAUGAGACUAAGGCCAAAAAUACUACUGUUAAAGUUUUAAGAAACAAGUCCCCUCAUUCUGGCAAAAUUAUACCUUUGGAUAUUAAAAAAAUGGAAGCAUUAGACGUGGUCCAAGAAUUUCAAAAAGCCAACAAAAAUAUUUGUUUUUCCAAAGACCUUCCCGUAAAAGAACAUUCUAAGGAUAUGCCACAAAUAACUUUUAAAAAGCCACACAUAUUUAAUGUAAAUGAAGCAUGCAAGACAACUGAAGAUUUAAUUCUGAAAGAGAACAUUAAAUUGAGCAAAAUCAUGAAUGAUAUUGAUUCAGUGAGUAAGAAAAUGGAGAAAGAAAAGAAACUUCAGAGCAGGAAGAACAGGGUGCAGAAAGUUUUAAAUAGAACGGAUAAAUACGAUAAUAAAGUUAAAAGAAUCGGACCACACAUAGAAAUCUUUCAGCUUUUCAGAAAAAAGCAAAAAAUGAAAAUGGACAAAAAAAAUAUUAAAAAGGUUACUAUAGUGCAGGCAAUUAUCAGAGGGUGGCUUGAACGCAGACGGAUGCAGAGAGUAAUGGCCAAGGCUCUGGAUCAUGCACAAAAUUUGAAAGAGGUAAUUGAUAUGUAUAGUGCUCAAAUCUUUCGUAUCAAAUAUCGACUUGGUAUUUGGAGGACAAGACAAAUUUUAACCUUAUCAGAGCUAGAGGAAUGGAUGGAUAGGAAAAAAUACUAUGAAACAAUAUUUGCUAAGAAACAAGAUUGGCAAGGAUUAGAUAAAAGUGAACUCCCUAAAUUCUUUAAUGAAUGUGGCCAUUUCCCAACCUUGCAGAAUAUUAAUUCCGUUUGGCACGUGGUCCACAAGGAGUACCGUGAUAAAUAUACUGAAGUCAUCAAGAAGAAUGUUGCAAUUGAAAUGUUGUUUACACUCUAUCCUCCUAAAGGUGCUCAUGUGAAGGGUAAUGAAAAAUUUAGGUCAACUUGGCUGAGACCCAUAGUAGACGGAGAAGAAGGGUACAAAUAUAUAGUGGCUAACCAUCCAGUACUCAAAAAAGCAGAUAUUCGAAUUGUUGGGAAGUUAGUUGCCAGAUCUAUAAGAGAAAGGAAAAUAAGACAGCACCGUUUAUUGUAA